AUGGGAACGGAGGUCAACUGUGUCAGUAUUAAACGUGAAUAACGACGAUAUAUACCAUCCUCAAGACCCGCUUCACAAAGCCAAAAUCUGUCUCAGUAUACGAUACAAGCAAAUCAGACCUAUUAUCCCACUGAAAAACUGGAACGUAUCAAUCCGGAACCCAUUUACGAAGAACCACAAGUGGAUUGUUGUUUGGCGUCCACCGAUCCGUUAUUGAGCGGUCCGGGACGAAAUGAUUGUAUUGUGGCCACUGUGUUCUUUAUCCUUUUCGUCCUAUUGAUCCUGAUUGGAACAAUCACUACUGUGCUGCACUAUGCGGCUCGAAUUGAAUUUGCCACGGAAAAUCGUGGUCGAGUCCUCGGACCGGUGAUGUUGGGCUUGUCGCCUAUCCCGUUGCUAUUUAUGAUUUUUUUCAUUUAUCGUGCCAAAGCCAAUGUGGAAUAUGAACUGGAACAGCUGGAAAUGACCAAUUCGGCCCGGCAACGAAUUGCUUAUAGACAACAUCAGGCCCAACUUGCACGCGAAUCUACUCUGUACAGCAGUACCUAUUCCGACCACGCUCCGUACCGUGCCUAA